CUUGUGGUAGUGCCUUGCGUCAACGGGUGACGUAUGCGGAAGUUUAAAAAAACAAUAACAACUGAGCUUCUGGGGAAACAGAAACCGAACCUAAAUAAUGAUGAGAGAAUUUGGAUAUUAUUGCAUUUAAAUAAAGAUGCAUUGCUCCGUAACUGACAAGUGUGUUCAGCAUGUUCAGCAACUGUGUCCCAAAAACAAUGAUGAGGAAUCCUGCGAGGAGGAGAUGGAUACAUCUGAGCCUAACUGGCAUUGGUUUUACUUGGCUGAAUGUGGAGUGUGGCAUAUGUUUGAGAUUGAUCCCAGUGCAGGAUGUUCGGUGACCAGCGAACAGAUUGAAGCAAACUACAACAGGAAUCAGCAUGGGUCCAUGGAUUUCUAUACACCUAAAUAUAGCUACAGAUUAGAUUUUUCAGUUAUGAAGCAAAUCAAUGUCACGACUGGAAAACAGAGACCAAUAAAAAGGGCUCUACAUUCUGCCACUGGAUUUAGAUUUAUCUGUGAUAACCUGGCUCUGCCAGUCCCUUGUCACUGGGAGAGAGUUAACACAGAUGAGCCAUAUCAGCUCAUCCCUCUAUGCAGAGACACAUUUGAAUACAAAGAGGUGGCCAGGCUGUAUGAGAGGACCAUGUCUCAACCUAUAAAAUCCAUUCAGAGGAUACAGAACCUGGACCUGUGGGAGUUUUUCUGCAGGAAAAAGGCCCAGCUGAGAAAGAUAAAACGUAUUAUAGACAUCGAUGAGAGGAUGCUCUUUCAUGGGACAGGUCACAGUAACAUCCAGGCUAUUUGUACAUACAACUUUGACUGGCGACUUACAGGAAGUCAUGGUGACGUCUAUGGGAAAGGAAGCUAUUUUGCUCGUGAUGCCAAGUACUCCAGCAAGUUCUGCCACUGCACCAGCAAACAUAACUUCACGCUGCAGAGACAUGGCCUGGCACCGCCUAUAUUCCAGACUGACCCACCAUAUAAGUGCAUGUUCCUGGCACGGGUGUUAGUAGGGGAAUACACAGUAGGUCACCCACACUUCUGUCGCCCGCCCUCCAAAGACCUGAGCAUCGCCAACUUCUUUGACAGUUGUGUGGACGAUAUGGUCAACCCGAAGAUCUUUGUAAUAUUUGACAGCAAUCAGAUCUAUCCUGAGUACCUUAUCGAAUUCUACUGAUGAAGAGGCAGAGGACAAUUUGGACUUUUAAUGAAGAAACAGGAAUGGUUGCUUUAAAGAAAACAGCAAAGCCCUAGUAUGAAGAGCCAUGACAUGUCUGUGUCAGUGCCAAAGCUGAAGUGUGUACAUGAUGAACACGACUUGCAUAAGACAGGAAACGUGGGCUUCAAAUGCAUACUAGGGUGUCCCAGCUCCAGUUCCGGAGGCUAGAGUCAAGCACAUUUAUCCCUUAUUCAGAAUAGUUAUAUAUGAAUUUUUUUGGGUGGAUUCCAUUAGAUAACUCUCACCUAUCACCUAUCUCAUCAGCUACCAGCCUAUACCUGUGAGGCAAAUGUGCUUCAUUCAAGAAAGCCUCCUCGUGUUAAUGCUGCUUAUGCUGUGUCUCAGAGCGGCAUAACACACUCGGAGGAAAGCAUCGUCAUCCCUCAUCUGCAGACAUGACCUCAUAGCUGCCCGGGAUUGGCUAGAGUCUCUGUGAUUGACAAGAAGAAAGGUUAUGCCAUCCCUCCCACUCAGCAAGCAUGGCAAGCAUGGAUGAUUGUUUGGGAUUAGAACCCAUGGUCCCAAAUGACAGGGCACACACUUUUCUGUUGCGCCUCUCAGGACGCAUUUACAUUUACCACAUUCGACAGACACUUAUUCAGAUUGACAGAAAUGCUCUGUGGUGCCCAAUGAAAAUACGCUUAUGUACAUUGAGUAGAUGUCUGAGCAGGGACAUAAGCAGACUGUACUGUACUGUAUGCCUCCACUUGUCCAACUUUGACAUGUAAAUCAUAUUCUAUCCAUGCUCUUAUUAGGGCUGCACAAUAAUGGCUUAAAAGAUCAUUGCAGUUAUUUUGCUCAAUACUGAGAUCAGAAUGGUCACUAUAAGUAUGUGGAUACCUGACCAUCACACCUAUAUGUGGUCCUUCCUCAAACUGGUGCUAUAACUGGUACAAUAAGAUUUCCUGUGCACAUGAAGACAUGAUUUGCCAAAGUUACAGUAAUAGGGAAAAACCUUAGUGCUUAGGAUGAACUCUAAUGGCAAUUAGAUACCAGGAUCCCUCACCGGACAUUAAUACUUGAACCUCACUAAAGCUCAUGUGACUAAAAGGGCACAAAUCCCCACAGUCACAUUUCAGAAUAUAGUGUGAAGCCUGACCAGAAGAGUGAAGUUUAUGAUAACAGCAAAUGGGGAACAAAUUCUGAGUUGGGAUUUUCAGCAGUCACAUAUGGGUCUGAUUGUUAGGUGUCAACAUAAUUUUGGCAAUACAGUGUAUAUAAUUAUAGUGCCCUCAUACAUUUGGCUAUUAUAUUAUAUUAUAUUAUAUUAUAUUAUACUAUUAUAUUUUAUGUUAUAUUAUAUUAUAUUAGUACAUACUGUAUGCACUUUACUAUUUGAUGGUCUGGGAAAACCUAGCAGAUCUCACUGUGGCUGAAUUCUGGAUUUGUCCAAAUUAUUUAUUUGUUUGUCGUUUGCUUAUUUAUUUAAUAUUUUAUUAGUUCUAGAUUAUAAGUAUUUAAUUAAUAUACAUAUCACAUUAGAGUGCAGUCAAAUAGCUGUUUUAGAUGCCAAAAUUGUGACCAUUAUAUAAAUGAUUAUUGUGCAACUCUUUUUUCCAUAUAAUUUCGUCAUUUUUUUUUUUUUUUUACCUACCUCACCAUAAUUCUACCUCAUACCAUGCAAUUCUGCACAUAUUUCAUUAAAGACACAUUAAUGUUUCUCAGUGAGCAUUAAAAAAAGGAUACCACAGUACAUUUUCACUAUAGUGCUUUUACAAAUUGCCUGUUCAAUGUACAUCAUAAAACCAUGAAAUGGUUGACUUUUUUCACUGUUGAUGUUUGUUCUGAUCAGCACAGGAGAGCAAACAAACAAUGCAUCUAUUCAAUUUUAGAUUUUUUUUACCCCACUUUUCCCAUUGCAUCUCUAAUAUAUUUCAGUGAUGUUAACUGUGUACACUUUCUACGCUAUAUGGCCAAAGUUUGUUGACACAUUGACCAUCGCACCCAUACAGUCUGUGGAAGCAUGCAGUUGUUUACACUGCAUUAGUUUCCCUUCACUUGAACCAAGAGGCCCAGCUCUGUUUCUGCACGAGAGUUUCUGACCUCACAUCAGUGCCUGAUCUCAAUAAUGCUUUUGUGGAUGUAUGGGCAAAUUCCCACAGCCACGAUCCAGGAGAGCCUUCCUGAAAAUGUAGAGGUGAUUAUAACAGCAAGAUACUUCUAAAUCUGAAGUUUUAUAUCCAGCAAGCACAUGAGAGUGUGAUGGCCAGGUGUAGCUAAACUUUUGGUCAUAUAUUGUACUUAUCUAAUGUCAGCUAAAUCAAAAAGCAUUGACAGAUGUUUCUGUAAAGUAAUGAAACUGACAGAAAGCAAAGGCACCUUUCAAGCAAAGGAAAUUGUUAUGAAAGCACUGACCAAAACACUAAAUAAAUAAUUGAAUUACAUAACUGAGGUUAGGAUUGGGAGAACAGCAGGAUGCGAUGAGGUGUCAGUUCAAAUCUGGAAUCAUUUCAGAUUUAUUUCUCACUGGCUCAUCUAAUACAUUAAUGUUUAAGUCCACUCUUCCAACCUGUACCAGCGUAAAUGGAAUGAAGGUCUGCAGAUGUGUUUCCCAAUUUUGCUACUAAAAUCAUCAUGUAUUGCACAUUUUAGUGUUUCCCAUCAGAUUUAACUGCAUGAAAAACAUGUUGGUCUGUUGAGCUGAGUCAUGUGUAUUAGAGCAGAGAAACACGUUACAUGAAAUGUAGUAAAACACUGCAGUAAAGAGUCCAGUUGACCAGAAUUGUUUCCCAACACUCUCCUUUAGCACCACUCACCUUUUCUGCUUUAAUAAUGACUUCAAUCAAAAGUCAAAUGACUAGCUCUGAGCUUUUGGUAACUCAGUAGUUACGGUUUUAUGCUGUUGACUAGAAGGUUGUGCAUUUAAAUCCUAGCACUACCAGAAAGCAAGUCCUUGAACCCUCAUCUGCUUGGUUCUGUUUGGUGAUAUGUCUUCAGCCUUACUUGGCAAUCACUCUGAAUAAGGAAGACUAUUUGCUAAGUGAACACUAUAGAAAACCUGUGAUAGUGUACCUGAAGAGCUUCUUGAAUGUGUUUACACUGAUAUUACAUAACACAAAACAGCAUGGUGUCUAAAAACAGUAUAAAUUGUAUAGUCUGCAUAGUCAACUACAGAAUUAUUGGCACCUAUCCUACACGUGCAAAUUAAAUGAAUAAUUAAUAAUG